GCUCAUAGCAAAGUCCGCGAUAUGGAUUAGAGAGAAAGCAGGUCGAGAAGCCACGGUAAAUCCCCGCGGUGUGUGAUCCGGAUUUACAGUUUAGGAUAAAGGCUAAAUUGCCCUCGGGAAGCCGACGCGGGACGAUGGACGCGAACAUGCGGAAAUUCACAGUACGGAGGUGGUUCUCGGUUUACCUGCGCAGGAAGUCGCGCUCCAAAAGCUCCAGCCUGUGCAAACUCGAGGAUGACAGCAUCCUGAAAGAGAUCGAUAUAAGCAACCACGUGAAAGAAGGCUUUGAGAAAGCUGACCCAUCACAGUUUGAGCUUCUUAAAGUGUUGGGACAGGGCUCCUACGGCAAGGUAUUUCUGGUUAGAAAAAUUAAAGGCUCAGACACUGGGCAACUCUAUGCCAUGAAGGUGUUAAAAAAGGCCACCCUGAAAGUGCGUGACAGGGUGCGAUCCAAAAUGGAGAGGGACAUUCUUGCUGAAGUGAAUCAUCCCUUCAUAGUGAAACUUCACUAUGCUUUUCAGACUGAGGGAAAACUGUAUCUCAUCCUGGACUUCCUAAGAGGAGGUGAUCUGUUCACCCGUCUCUCCAAAGAGGUCAUGUUUACUGAGGAGGAUGUGAAGUUCUAUCUGGCUGAGCUGGCUUUAGCUCUGGACCAUCUUCACAGCCUGGGAAUUAUCUACCGUGACCUCAAGCCAGAAAACAUUCUUCUUGAUGAAGAUGGGCAUAUAAAGAUCACUGAUUUUGGUCUGAGUAAAGAAGCGAUAGAUCACGACAAGAGAGCAUACUCGUUCUGUGGGACCAUCGAGUACAUGGCCCCAGAGGUAGUCAAUAGGAGAGGACACACGCAAAGUGCAGACUGGUGGUCUUUUGGUGUGCUGAUGUUUGAAAUGCUGACUGGAUCUCUGCCAUUUCAAGGCAAAGACCGCAAGGAGACCAUGGCACUUAUUCUCAAGGCAAAGCUUGGCAUGCCACAAUUCUUAAGCCCAGAGGUGCAGAGUUUACUGCGAGCACUUUUUAAAAGGAAUCCAAGCAACAGAUUAGGAGCGGGACCUGACGGAGUGGAAGAAAUCAAAAGGCAUCAUUUCUUCGCACCCAUAGAUUGGAAUAAAUUAUACAGGAAGGAGAUCAAACCUCCAUUCAAACCAGCAGUUGGCAGACCAGAGGACACUUUCCAUUUCGACCCUGAAUUCACUUCCCGCACGCCAACAGACUCACCGGGUGUUCCUCCCAGUGCUAAUGCCCAUCAGCUUUUCCGUGGUUUCAGCUUUGUGGCCACCAAUCUAGGACAGGAGCAGUGUAUAACAGAGACCAGACCGAACUCCAUUAAUCCUAUAGUGCAGCAACUUCAUAGCAACAACAUCCAUUUCACUGACGGAUAUGAAAUUAAAGAGGACAUCGGCGUCGGCUCGUAUUCAGUGUGCAAACGCUGCGUCCACAGAAUCACCAGUGUGGAAUAUGCUGUUAAAAUCAUAGACAGAGCUAAGAAGGACCCGUCGGAGGAGAUCGAGAUCCUGUUGCGAUAUGGACAACACCCCAACAUCAUCACUCUGAAAGACGUCUACGAUGAUGGGAAGUUUGUGUAUCUGGUUAUGGAACUGAUGCGUGGAGGCGAGCUGCUCGACCGUAUCCUGCACCACAAGGGCUUCUCGGAGAGAGAGGCCUCUGCUGUGCUCUGCACCAUAACCAAGACUGUGGAGUAUCUCCACUCACAGGGGGUUGUACAUCGAGACCUCAAGCCUAGCAAUAUCCUGUACAUGGAUGAGACGGGUGACCCGGAGUCGAUAAGGAUCUGCGACUUCGGCUUCGCAAAACAACUCCGGGCUGAAAACGGCCUCCUCAUGACACCUUGCUACACUGCCAACUUUGUGGCUCCAGAGGUUCUGAAGAAGCAGGGAUACGAUGCUGCUUGUGACAUCUGGAGUCUGGGAAUCUUACUGUACACCAUGCUUGCAGGGUUCACGCCCUUCGCCAGUGGACCUGAUGAUACCCCAGAGGAAAUCUUGGCUCGAAUUGGCAGUGGCAAAUACACCCUCUCUGGGGGCAACUGGGACAUGGUGUCUGACGCUGCUAAGGACAUCGUGACUAAAAUGCUGCAUGUGGACCCUCACCAGCGGCUCACCGCCCCUCUGGUCCUCCGUCACCCGUGGAUCGUAAACCAAGAGCAGUUAUCUCUGAAUCAGCUCACCCGAAAAGACGUGCACCUGGUCAAGGGAGCAAUGGCUGCUACGUAUUCAGCUCUUAACCGAACGCCACAGGCUCCCAAGCUCGAGCCUGUCCUUGCCUCCUGUCUGGCUCAGAGAAGAGGAAUGAAGAGAGUGACGUCCACUUGCUUGUAGCACACAAUCAAACAGCACCACCUAUAGGCCGUGAAGAUACUCGUGUCAAGCCUGGGAGAAGGAACCAGGCAAAUCAUCAAUGCACAACGGGGAGCAGUCAUGUGACCAUUGAAGAUGGUAGAAUUUUACCCCACGUAUACAGCUUUAGGAAAGCGAGCGGCUCAUAGCCGCUCGGAUUAACGCAGAGGGCGUUGCGAUUAGAUCCCUGCUCUAAUCCUGAAACGAGGCACAGCCAGGGAAUUGUAGUGACGGGAGUUUAGAUCAUCUCACCAACCAAGAGCACAAAUAACAUAACCUGCAAGCUCAAACUGUCAAGGCUGUCAUGUCCCACGAGCCAUCUUGAAAUGUUUGGACCUGACUGCUGUCCAAUUGCGCCAGAUUACUGUCAUUCCCCAUCUGGAUCUGGAAGUAAUAUAUUUACAGUGAAUGUGCCCAUAAAAUUGACAUAUUUCGUGGACAGCUAGACUGUAGUGCAUGUUGAAACACUAACACCGAAACUCUUCAGCAGGGAAAAAUUGUACAAACACAGUUAUCCCUUAGCCCAAAUGUGAUCAGUAAAUCAAGGUGAGUUUGGUGUCCUUUUAAAGUUUACUUCUUUAGAUGCUACUAACAAGGAAAGCGCAUAGCCACCAGCUCGUCGCAACCCACACCGAGUUCUCCAGUAAACUCAAAUUGAAAAAUUGUACAUUUCUUCCAGAACUGUUCCGUUAAGCCUAUUUAAUUUAUCUAUAAAGUCAUUCGACAUAUACAGUGGUAUGUAUAUAGGUCAGAGCCCUACAAAAUAAGAUCAGAGCCCUAAAAAUGCUUCUUUGGCUAGCUCAGGUGUUCAGCAUUCAGCACAUGUACAUUUACAGUGCAUUUACAUAACCACAGCAGAACAAGCAAUAUUAACUACAAGAGACUUAGUAAACGGACAAAACUAUAAAAGAUGCCAGCAUUAUUGACAUUUCUUUAUCUAAUUCCAGCACGCAUGCAAUCUAAGUGGUUUUAUGAAUGAAAAAAGGACACGGUUCAUUUUUGUCUUCUUAUUGUUUCAUAGUUUAUAGUGAACUGCUUCAAAGAGAUGUGAUUCCUGAAUAUUUUUUGUUGUUGUUGUUUAACACCAUUUCAAACAAUUUCUGUAUUCAAAAUAUUUUUUAAUAAUUUAUUUUUUAAUUAAUGCAUUUAUUUCAAAUAAUCGUUUCUUGAUAUGUUUAUUUGUUUCGAAUAAUAAAUGUUUUAACAUAAAUUUAUUGAUUAAUUAUUUAUUUCGCCUGCUGUUGAAGUGCACUUGACAGGGUUUUGUUCGACAGUGAAACUUGUAAAUGAGAGCCCGAGUUUUGCACUAACCUUUUUGUUUUCCAGAAUUUUUACUAAAAUAUGAGAUAAAUAUGCAGACGAUUCUGAGAUUUCUGAGAAACGGAAUUAAAUGUGCGAAGUAUUUUUAGAUAUCAGAGGUUUAGCAUGUGGUUUGCCUAAUCUUACCUGUGAAAACGCUUGUUUAUGUAUGCGUGCUCGUUUCAGAUUUUCUAUUCGAUGUGAAUUUCAUUGUACAGAAUAUAUCUUAUUCAUUUAAUAUGCUACAUGGUGGAAGCAUACAUUUUACCCAUUUACCUCAAUAAUAAGCCUUGUGCUUUAAUUCAAACCAAAAUGGCACAAUUAUGUCACUGUUCUUUUAUUCAUUGUAUUCAGGAUUUUGAACUUUAAUUCUAAACUUAUACAUGUUUAUAUCAGGCUCUUGAACACCUGCAGGCGAAUACAGUGAUUUUUAUAUAUCCAGUUAAAAUAGGGAGCAGUAAUCUUAUUUAUUUAUUUAUUUUAUUAUUUGAAGAAAGAGAUUUUCCUGUGUCUUUUCCAUCUUACCAUAGCUUGCAUAGGGCUUUUUUUUUAUUGCAAUGCUUGUUUCCUUUGGCUGGGAUGUGUAUGAAAUGUAGAAUGUUUUACCAACAUCCUUGCCUGCAUGUACGAAGUUACUUUGAGAUAAGGAUGAUGUUAAAUCUAAAACUUCAAAUGCAAAAUUAUGACGAUGUAGGACCGCCGUGCACUUUCAGAAAUAAAAGUAACACGCUGUACUUUUUCUUAUCGCUAGGGUGCUACUAUCAAGGGUUCAUCAUUCGUACCGUUAAUAUGUGUCUUUUACCCAGGAAUGUGCAUGUGAUGUACCUGUGAUUGAUCAUUUUAUAGUAAAGCUUUAAAGGAUACAUCAGUGGGUUUUUUUUUAGGUCCAAUUAUGUGUAAAGAUACAAGGUAUAAAGAUACAUAGUGACUGUACCACCCCAGCCCAAAGGAAAAGUGCAUUUUGGUACCUUUAUUUCUGAGAGUGUGGAUCAGGUGCAGAGAAAAAUGAACAACCAUAGUCAUACUGUUAUUUUUGUCCUUCAUAUUGGCUUGCAUGCCAGCAAUUUCUAAAUAAAUUCUAUUGAAAAAUGUGCUGUCUGAUUUUAUUAUGAAGCGCUUCCAGUCCUCAGGAAAUGGUGAUUUUCAUUGAAACUGAUUUCUUCCUCACAAGUACAAUGUGUCGUUAAAACAACCAGCAUCUGUCUGCUUUGAAAAGGUAACUCUGUGAUCUUUUUUUUUUUUUUUACUGUAAUAUGAAUUUUAAUAACAGUUUAAUCAUUUCACAGGCUUAAAAAAAAAGUAAUAAUUAAUACCUACAUGGGAACAUGCUCCAGUGGUACAAUUUCUCCCCAUGCCCUGUAGAAGUUUUCUAUUUAGGAUAUAACAUUUUUACAUAUACAGUCAUGGGAACAAGAAAGUACACCCACCUUCAAUU